CACUAUUCACGAAUCAGACCAUUUACCUUUACAUAUUACGAUUUACAAAAAUAAUAUCUUCAAUACUUCGUCCAAUGCUUAUUGUAAACAACAUAAGACCACUCAACAAUCUUACAACUUUGAUAAGAUCACCUUCUUACACUGGGAUUUAUUCUCUGACAAAUUGGAUAAGUUAAUUAAAGAAUCGAAAAGUUUUCAAGACCCUAAUAUUUUUG